UAGAGCAGUGUGCACGCGAGGCGCGUUCCAGUCUGACAGCACCGCGUUCCCUUCAGGAUGAAGUCUUGUGUUGUGCUCGCGUUCCUCCUGUUCUCUCUCUUCUGUCUGAUGUACCAGGCGUCAGACGCGUGCUCGUGCGUGCCGUCUCAUCCACAGGACGCGUACUGUCACUCCGACAUCGUGAUCAGAGCUAAAAUCGUGGGGAAGAAGCUGCUGAACGACGAUCCGUUUGGCACUCUGCGCUACACGGUCAAACAGAUGAAGAUGUACAAGGGCUUCGAGAAGAUGCAGCACGUGCAGUACGUUUACACACACAACUUCGAGAGCAUGUGUGGAGUCAAGUUUGACAUCAACAAAUACCAAUACCUGAUCACAGGCCGGGUUCACGACGGGAAGCUGUACACGGGGCUGUGUAACUUUAACGAGCGAUGGGAGCGUCUGUCUCUGGCGCAGAAGAAGGGCAUGAACCACCGCUAUCAGCUGGGCUGUGACUGCAGGAUCAAGCCGUGCUACACUGUGCCCUGCUUCAUCACGUCCAAGAACGAGUGUCUGUGGACAGACAUGCUGUCUCCACACUUCAGUUACCCGGGUCAUCAGUGGCGUCACUACGCCUGCGUCCAGCAGAAAGAGGGCUACUGCAGCUGGUACAGAGGCACGAGCGCUCGCGACAAGCUCCUCAUCAACACCACAGACCCGUGAAGCGCUGGUACUGCGAGCCUUCCGCAUUAACAGAUUAAAAAUGAGCUCUUUUAUAGUGAUGAUGUGCUGCUUUAUAAACAUGAUACGGAUGCUUGCUGUUGUUUAUGUGCGUGUGGCAGAGUUACACGCUCCAGUAUCUAUUUAUGAGUCCAGAAACACAGAGAAAUGAUUCCUUCCUUCUUGCUGUUUAUGAUAUAAAGUAUCGGGAUCGUGAUUAGUAUUUUUGUAUUACUGUAAAGCAGAGAUUAUAAACGGUAGAUCGAUCACAUCUUUUCAGCAUCUAGACCGAUGACCAUGACCGAUGGCAUUUUCUGACGGGAGAGUCGAUGUUUGACAGAUAUGAAUCCGAUAUGAAUCCGAUACGAAUCAAAUAUGAAUCAGAUACGAAUCAGAUACGAAUCAGAUAUGAAUCCGAUAUGAAUCAGAUUUGAAUCUGAUAUGAAUCAGAUAUGAAUCCGAUAUGAAUCAGAUAUGAAUCCGAUAUGAACCAGAUAUGAAUCCGAUAUGAAUCAGAUAUGAAUCCGAUAUGAAUCCGAUAUGAACCAGAUAUGAAUCCGAUAUGAAUCCGAUAUGAACCAGAUAUGAAUCCGAUAUGAAUCAGAUAUGAAUCCGAUAUGAAUCAGAUAUGAAUCCGAUAUGAAUCCGAUACGAAUCCGAUAUGAAUCAGACGCUUCAUUCCUGCGUCGCUGCUUUAGUCUCAGCCUCGGACGCAUGUUUUUAGAUCAUGUUAAUAUUCUGUCUGUAACACAAACAUCAGACCCGUCUGACUCUCACUGAACGCUCUUGUGUGUGUGUGUGUGUGAGAGAGAGAGAGAGAGAGAGAGAGAGACUGAUGACCAUUUCCAAUCGAUUCAAUUUUUAAUAUCUCUGUUUUAUAUUUUUAUAAUAAACCUUGUGAAAAUGGC